GCCCGCCCAGAAUGCAAUGGCGCAGCCCCCCCGGCUGAGCCGCUCUGGAGCCCCCUCUCUUUGGGACCCCACUUCUCCUGCUCCCACCUCGGGCCCCAGGCCUCGACUUUGGGAGGGGCAGGAUGUCCUGGCAAGGUGGACGGAUGGGCUGCUGUACUUGGGAACGAUCAAGAAGGUGGACAGCACCCGGGAGGUGUGUCUGGUCCAGUUUGAGGACGAUUCCCAGUUUCUGGUUCUGUGGAAAGACAUCAGCCCAGCUGCCCUCCCCGGGGAGGAGCUCCUCUGCUGUGUCUGUCGCUCUGAGAACGUGGUCCCUGGGAACCGGCUGGUCAGCUGUGAGAAGUGUCGCCACGCUUACCACCAGGACUGCCACGUUCCCAGGGCCCCGGCCCCUGGAGAAGCAGAGGCCGCAUCCUGGGUCUGCCGCCAGUGUGUCUUUGCCAUGGCCACCAAGAGGGGAGGUGCGCUGAAGAAGGGGCCCUACGCCCGGGCCAUGCUGGGCAUGAAGCUGUCGCUGCCAUACGGACUGAAGGGGCUCGACUGGGAUGCCGGGCACCUGAGCAACCGGCAGCAGAGCUACUGCUACUGCGGUGGCCCUGGGGAGUGGAACCUCAAGAUGCUGCAGUGCCGGAGCUGCCUGCAGUGGUUCCACGAGGCCUGCACCCAGUGUCUGAGCAAGCCCCUCCUCUACGGGGACAGGUUCUAUGAGUUUGAAUGCUGUGUGUGCCGGGGGGGCCCUGAGAAGGUCCGGAGGCUGCAGCUUCGCUGGGUGGACGUGGCCCAUCUUGUCCUGUAUCACCUCAGCGUUUGCUGUAAGAAGAAAUACUUCGACUUUGACCGAGAGAUCCUUCCCUUCACCUCUGAGAACUGGGACAGUCUGCUCCUGGGCGAGCUCUCAGACACCCCUAAGGGAGAACGUUCUUCCAAGCUCCUCUCUGCUCUUAACAGCCACAAAGACCGUUUCAUUUCAGGGAGGGAGAUCAAGAAGAGGAAAUGCUUGUUUGGGCUCCAUGCUCGGGCCCCCCCUCCUGUGGAGCACCCUCAUGGAGACGGAGUUCCAACCAGCUUCCCUUCAGGGCAGGGCCCUGGGGGAGGGGUCUCACGUCCCCUGGGGAAGCGCCGGAGGCCGGAGCCAGAGCCCCUGAGGAGGAGGCAGAAGGGGCAGGCGGAGGAGCUGGGGCCAUCCUCAGCAGUGCGCAAUCAGCCCGAGUCCCGGCAGCAGAGGGAGCGGGCUCGGCUGCAGAGGGCACUGCAGGCCUCAGUGUCUCCAUCACCCCCCAGCCCUAACCAGAGCUACCAGGGCAGCAGCGGCUACAACUUCCGGCCCACAGAUGCCCGCUGUCUGCCCAGCAGCCCCAUCCGGAUGUUUGCCUCCUUCCACCCUUCUGCCAGCACCGCAGGGACCUCUGGGGACAGUGAACCCCCAGACAGGUCACCCCUUGAACUUCACAUCGGCUUCCCCACAGACAUCCCUAAAAGCGCCCCCCACUCGAUGACUGUCUCACCUUCCUCAGUCCCAGCCCCCUCCCCAGGUCUUCCUAGACGCUCAACACCCUCUUCUUCCCUGUGCCGUGGUUUGUCUCCGGGAACUGGGGGAGGAGUCCGAGGUGGGGUUGGCUACCUGUCCCGGGGGGACCCAGUCCGGGUCCUCGCUCGGAGAGUCCGGCCCGAUGGCUCUGUGCAGUACCUGGUCGAGUGGGGAGGAGGGGGCAUCUUCUGAACAGUGCCCUGCGCCUCCCCAUCCACGCCUGCCAGCACUUUCAUACCCUGACCUCUGACCUCACCUGCAGCUGGGAUGUACCUGGAGAUAGGGGUGUUCUCCUACUGCCAGGCUGGAAUCUAGAGGGGAUGGGGAAGAGGCUCUUCACCCCCUUCAGGAUUCCUGACCCCCCUCAUCCUUCCCGUUUCCUUUGAUGUUAUUUUGUUACAGCUUUUUAAAUAUUUUUAAAAAUUAUUUAACCCCUGGGUGCAGAGACUGAGGGGGGGGAUGAUAAGGGAUCCCGGAUUCUGUAUGACUGAAAUAAAGAGAACUAGAAAUAACA